CCACAUGCCACUGAGAAAAACGCCACCAAGAGAAGGUAUAGGUGACAGGCUUUCGAAGGCCUGGAGAGUCGGGUGGGAGGAGGGGCUGGCUAGGCCGAGCCUUCAACGGGCCCCGCCCACAGUUCCGCCCACGCACCCUGGCCCCGCCAGCCCCGCCCUGCGCCCUCCUGCCGACUUUGCUCAGAGUGCCUGCUUGGAGCAGCAGCUGGGGCAGGCAGGUGAGGGGGCCUCUUCCUUCACUGGCGGUGUGUAUGUCCACCUGGUGCCAGGUGCUCAGACCCGAGGGCAGGGGAGGGCGCUGGACAUCAUACUGGGGGUGGGUCAGCUGCCCGAGGGCUUUCAGGACCGGCUGCGGACUCAGGUCCCGACCGGGACCUUGAGUCUGCUCCCAGCCAGGCCCAGGCCUCCAAGAGUCCCUGCAGGGGCCCAGGUGGGCCUCGAUGGAGCUUCUCUCGCCGCCGUCACAGCCUUCACUGUUAUUGCUGCUGCUACUGCUGCCACCACUGCUGGCCAGAGAGUCCUGGCAGUGUCCGCGCACCCCCUACGCCGCCUUGCGCGAUUUUGACGUCGAGUACAAGGUGCCCAGCUUCUCGGCCGGAGGUCCGGUACAGGCCAUAGCGACCUACGAGGGCGGCAGGGACGGGAGUGCCGUGUUCGUGGCUACACGCAAUCGCCUGCACGUGCUUGGGCCUGGCCUGCAGCCAGUAGAGAGCCUGGCCACAGGUCCUGUUGGAGACCCGGGCUGUCAGACGUGUGCGGCCUGUGGCCCGGGCCCCCACAGCCCGCAGGGAGACACAGAUGCACAGGUGCUGGUGCUGGAGCCAGCUCUGCCCGCACUAGUCAGCUGUGGCUCGAGCCUGCAUGGGCGCUGCUUCCUGCACGAGCUAGAGCCCCAAGGGACAGCCCUGCACCUGGCACCACCAGCCUGCCUCUUCUCCGCCAACCACAACCAGCCCGAGGACUGCCCUGACUGUGUGGCCAGUCCUCUGGGCACCCUCGUGACCGUGGUUGAGCAGGGCCAUGCCUCCUACUUCUACGUGGCAUCCUCACUGGAUGAGACGGUGGCCUCGAGCUUCAGCCCCCGCUCGGUGUCCAUCCGGCGCCUCAAGGCCGAUGCCUCAGGAUUCGCACCGGGGUUUGCCGCGCUGUCCGUGCUGCCGGAGCACCUCGCUUCCUAUCCUAUCCAGUAUGUGUACAGUUUCCGUGCCAGAGCCUUUGUCUAUUUCCUGAAGGUGCAGCGGGCCAGCGUGGCAGCUGCCCCGGAAGCCUUGCACACACGCCUGGCACGGCUCAGCGCUGCUGAGCCCGAACUGGGCGACUACCGCGAGCUCGUUCUCGACUGCCGAUUCGCACCCAAACGCCGGCGCCGCGGGACCACUGAGGGAGGACAGCCCUACCCAGUGCUGAGGGCGGCCCACACAGCUCCAGUGGGCAGCAAGCUAGCUGCUGAGCUGAGCAUCGAUGAGGGCCAAGAAGUGCUAUUUGGCGUCUUCGUGGCUAGCAGAGACAGCAGUCCCGGUGUGAAUCCCAACUCUGUCGUCUGUGCCUUUCCCAUCGACCUAGUGGACACUCUCAUCGAGCAUGGUGUGGAGCGCUGUUGUGAGCCUCCUGUCCCCCCUGGCAUCCGGCGAGGCCUCGACUUCUUCCAGUCGCCUAGUUUUUGCCCCAACCCGCCUGGCCUGGAGGCCCCCAGCCCCAACACCAGCUGCCAUCACUUUCCUCUGCUGGUUAGCAGCAGCCUAUCACGUGUGGACCUCUUCAACGGGCUAUUAGGACCAGUACAGGUCACUGCACUGCAUGUGACACGCCUUGACAAUGUCACAGUGGCCCACAUGGGCACAACUGAUGGGCGCAUCCUGCAGGUGGAGCUGGCCAGAUCUCUCAACUACUUGCUGUAUGUGUCCAACUUCUCACUGGGCAGCAACAGGCAGCCCAUACGACGAGAUGUCAGUCGCCUUGGAGACCACCUGUUCUUUUCCUCUGGGGAGCAGGUCUUCCAGGUACCUAUCCAGGGCCCUGGCUGCCACCACUUCCUCACCUGUGGGAGUUGUCUGCGGGCACAGCGUUUCAUGGGCUGUGGCUGGUGUGGGGGCAUGUGUGGCCGGCAGAAGGAGUGUCCUGGCUCCUGGCAACAGGAUCAUUGUCCACCUGAGCUUACUGAGUUCUACCCCCAGAGUGGACCCCUAAGGGGCAGCACAAGGCUGACCCUGUGUGGCUCCAACUUCUACCUGCGCCCUGCUGAUCUGGUGCCUGAGGGCACCCAUCAGGUCACCGUGGGCCAAAGUCCCUGCCGACUGCUGCCCAAGGACAGCCCAAACCUCAGCCCAGUGCCCCGGAAAGACUUUGUAGAGGAGCUUGAGUGUGAGCUGGAGCCCUUGGGCAUGCAGCCAGCCGGGCCCGCCAACAUCAGCCUCACUGUGACCAACAUGCCACCAGGCAAGCACUUCCAAGUGGAUGGCACCUCCAUGCUGCAAGGCUUCUCUUUCAUGGAGCCAGUUCUGACAGCAGUAAAACCCCUCUUUGGCCCACGGGCAGGGGGCACCCGCCUCACCUUUGAAGGCCAAGGCCUGUCUUUAGGCACCAGUCAGAUGGUGCUGGUCAAUGGGACUGAGUGCCCACUGGAACAGGUCAGCGAGGGGCAGCUCUUAUGUACUACGCCCCCUGGGGCUGCUAUGGCCAGGGUUCCCAUUCACCUGCAGGUGGGGGGCGCUGUGGUGCCAGGCUCCUGGACCUUCCACUACCUGGAAGACCCCAUUGUGCUGGGCAUCAGCCCCAACUGUGGCUACAUUGGCUCCCAUGUCACCAUCCAUGGCCAGCAUCUGACUUCAGCGUGGCACCUAGUGCUGUCAUUCCAUGAUGGGCUUAUGGCAGUGGAAAACAGGCAGUGUACAGGGCACCUCCCGGAGCAGCAUCGGUGCCGCCUGCCCGAAUAUGUCGUCCGAAGCCCCCAGGGGUGGGUAACAGGGAACCUGAGUGCCUGGGGAGAUGGAGCUCCUGGCUUCACGCAGCCCGGCUUUCGCUUCCUGCCCCCACCCCAUCCACCCACCACUGACUUUGCCCCACUGAAGCCCGAGGAGCACGCUGUUAAGUUUGAGUAUAUUGGGCUGGGCGCUGUGGCUGAUUGUGUGGACGUGAACGUGACCGUGGGUGGUAAGAGCUGCCAGCAUGAGCUCCGGGGGGAUGUGGUCAUCUGCCCUCUGCCUUCCUCCCUGCAACUUGACAAGGAUGGUGCCCCACUGCAGGUCUGUGUGGAUGAUGGAUGUCACAUCCUGGGCAGGGUGAUACGGCCAGGCCCAGAGGGGGUCCCACAGAGGCUACUCCUUGGUGUCCUGCUGGCCCUGCUCCUGCUUGUGGCUGCACUGGCCGCUGCGCUGAUCUUCAACUACUGGCGGAGGAAACAACUGGUCCUUUCUCCAAACCUAGAUGACCUGGCAUCCUUGGACCGGACCACUGGAGCCAUCCCCUUGCCUGCACUCCGCUCAGGUUCUGACUACAGAAAUGGCCUUGGUGAGACGGGGGAGGCGCUGAAAGCUGGGGCCACACCCUCUGUUCCACAGGCCCCUCACUUCCUCUCCUCCACAGCAGCCCCUGCCACUCAUGGUCUGGAUUCCACCACACAGAGCCACAAAGCAUCCGUCUCAGACAGUGGGGACGGGUCCUGUGUCCCACUGUUGCAGACAGAGUCCAUCCAGCUUGGGGACUUAGACUCUGCACUCCUGACCGAGGUCAAGGAUGUGCUGAUCUCACAUGAGCAGGUGGUCACCCACAGGGACAGAAUCAUUGGCAAAGGCCACUUUGGAGUUGUCUACCAUGGAGAAUACACAGACAAGGACCAGAAUCGAAUCCAUUGUGCCAUAAAGUCGCUGAGUCGCAUCACAGAGGUGCAGGAGGUGGAGGCCUUCCUGCGCGAGGGGCUGCUCAUGCGUGGUCUGCACCAUCCAAAUGUGCUGGCUCUCAUCGGUAUUGUGCUGCCCCCUGAAGGGCUGCCCCAGGUGCUGCUACCCUAUAUGCAUCAUGGAGACCUGCUUCAGUUCAUCCGCUCACCCCAGCGGAACCCCACGGUGAAGGACCUCAUCAGCUUCGGCCUUCAGGUAGCCCGUGGCAUGGAGUACCUGGCAGAGCAGAAGUUUGUGCACAGGGACCUGGCUGCUCGGAACUGCAUGCUGGAUGAGUCAUUCACAGUCAAGGUGGCUGACUUUGGCCUGGCCCGUGGUAUCCUGGACAAGGAGUACUACAGUGUUCGACAGCAUCGCCAUGCUCGCCUCCCUGUCAAAUGGAUGGCACUGGAGAGCCUGCAGACCUACAGAUUCACCACCAAGUCUGAUGUGUGGUCGUUUGGUGUGCUGCUGUGGGAGCUGCUGACACGGGGUGCCCCACCAUACCCCCACAUUGACCCUUUUGACCUCACUCACUUCCUGGCCCAGGGUCGACGCCUGCCCCAGCCUGAAUAUUGUCCUGAUUCUCUGUACGCAGUGAUGCAGCGCUGCUGGGUUGCGGACCCUGCAGGGAGACCCACCUUCUCAGCGCUGGUGGAGGAAGUGGAACACGUGGUGGCCAGGCUGCUUGGGGACCACUACGUGCAGCUGCCUGCAGCCUACGUGAACCUGGGUCCUGGUGCCUCGGAUGAGGCGAACAUGCACCCAGAACAGUCGCAGACCCCACCUGUGCACAGGAUCGCACGUCGGCCCUGGCCUUCCUCAGAGCCACCACAGCCCACGUGACCUCUGCCCUAGGCAGGCCCCAGGGAUUGGACCUGCCUAGCAGCCAGGGAGUUAAUCCCAAACUGUCUCUAGGCCAUGUCAGGCCAGGGGCAGCCUGAGCUGGCUUCUGCCCUGUCCCUGCCCCCUUAACUUUCAGGGGUGACAGGAGGGAGCAAGGCACUUGUCCCUUCACUCCAGAGAGGGAGCAGUGAGAAUGAUCCUUGAUGUGAGGAGUAUUUACGGCAUACCUGGUGUGUGCUUGACCUUCUGGGCACAGGGGACUUAACAGUGACCGCACAGACACUGGCCCUUGAACUAGUAAAUGAACCAACGAAUCAUCAA